GUUAACAGUUCAUACCAUCUACGCUUUUUGCUACUAAGGACAGGUAACAGUGAACCCAUUGCUUAGUGCAUCUACGUUGGUCAACGAGUACACUGUUCGAUCUAGUAGCCAACAAACCUAGUGGAAUUAAUUAAAAAUGUCGCCAAUCUCGGAAUUCCGCAAGAAGAAGUUGCUGUACGUAUUCAAUGUAUUCUUUGAUGUCAACCAAAGCGGCGAAAUCGACCGUAAGGAUUUCGAAUUAGCUAUCGAGAAAAUCUGUGAACUUCGCGGGUGGCCCACAGGUAAUCCGAAGAAUGUAGAAACGCACGAUAGCAUGUUCAAGAUCUGGGAAGGCUUGCGCUCAAAGGCGGAUAAAGAUAACGAUGGACAGGUGUCUGUUGACGAGUGGUGCAACAUGUGGGAUGCUUAUGCCAAGGAUCCCAGCACUGUCAUGGACUGGCAAUUAAGGUACAUGAAUUUCAUGUUUGAUCUUGAAGAUGCCUCGCACGACGGAACAAUCGACGGUGACGAAUUCUCGAUUGUGUGCUCCAGCUACGGCGUUGAUAAAAACGAGUGCCAGGAGGCAUUCAAGAAGAUGUCAAAGGGCGAAGUAGAAGUAAACCGAGAACAAUUUGCUGAACUAUGGCGCGAAUACUUUUCAUCAGAUGAUCCAGCCUCACCCGGUAACUUCAUAUUUGGCAAAACAUCUUUUUAACGGAGUUGUAGCCCUUGAAUGUACCGAUGGCUUAAUGCUUAGACCAGGAAGGAAUGAUCAACCCGCUAAUUGCCAAUAAUGGAGGCAGUACGACGCUGAUAAUGAUGAUAAAAAUAAACGACACCCGUGACUUCUCAUCGUAGGUGCUUGUGGUAAAUCAUCCUAAAAUUUUCAAAUAUGUUUCACCAAAAAAAGUUUGAGUAACUGUCCAAGGCUAUAAUAUCAUUUUCCUAGUCGGUUAACAGUACUAGUUGAAAUAAAUCAGAUUAUUCUGUCUUAGUUGAAAUUUGUUGUCCUUGGUUAAUUUUGUUCAAUUCUUGAUUUGUUUUUUUUUUUAUUGUUUAAAUUAUCAAACAAUGAAACUUUGUCUGAUACACCGAAUUUAUGAAUAUUUUUUAAGUAAAGAAAAUAAUCACUAUAUGUAGAGCUAUUUUAUGUUGUUUGUGUCACAGGCAGGUAACAGAAUAUCCGAAAUUACAUGAAGAAGAAAAUGACCUCUCAUUACAUUGUUAGAAAAAAUAGUAUAACCUGGUAGUUUAAAAAAAACUACCCGGGAAGUAUUUUCUGCGAAUACUGCUACCACUCAGCAUAAUAUGCAAAAUGCAUAAUGAAUGCGUUUGAUCUAACGUACCACACUCUACAAAAAUAAUAUCAUGAAACCAUAUCGUGAAAUAUAAAAUGUGAAAAACAAAACCAUCCGCAAAUCAUUUUUAUUAAAUUCAAAUUUCGUUUUGAUUAACAUUUGUUUUAACCUUAAGUUUUACGGCUUGGCUGUUCUCACGAAAAUAAAAAAAAAAAACACUUUUUUUAGAGCUUCGAAAAGAUUCGAUCACUCCACUGUCAGAACGUUAC